GGACCAUCCGCGUUUCUCACUCGUUCGAAAAACCUUUCUUCUACCUCACGAAUAGCCCCCAAAUCAGAAAAACCUCCCUUGAACCCUUCACUUUACUUUACCUUUGUAUAUCUCUCACUAUGUUUAGAAUUCACCGAUUCACACUAGCCAAAACCCAGCACCUCCGCUACUUCUCACAAUCUGCCACUGCCGCUGUCAUCGAAGAACCAGCAAUCGAGGCAGCCCGAUUGACCUACCUCGACGGUUUUCCUAAGCCUGGUCCCAUACAGACUAUCCUCGCUGUCCCUCGAGCCGCCUCCGGCAAGAACAUUGCCGUGAAAGAAAGAAAAGCAGGGCGUGUCCCUAGCAUUGUAUUCGAGCAGGAAGAUGGGCAGCAUGGCGGCAAUAAAAGGCUAGUUUCAGUUCAAUCAAAUCAAAUUAGGAAUUUGGUUAAUAAGCUUGGGAGAUCAUUUUUCUUGUCCAGGCUUUUUAAUCUUGAGGUUAGAACGGAGUUUGGGUCCGACGAGAUCAUCGAGAAAGUUCGGGUCUUGCCGAGAUUGGUUCAUUUGCAUGCUGUAUCUGAUACGCCCAUCAACGUGACCUUCAUAAGGGCACCCUCUAAUGCUUUGUUGAAGGUUGAUGUUCCUCUUGUCUUCAGAGGAGAAGAUGUAUCUCCUGGACUCAGGAAAGGUUCUUAUUUGAAUACUAUUAAGAGGACCGUGAAGUUCCUUUGCCCUGCAGAUAUCAUCCCUCCAUACAUUGAUGUGGAUCUAAGUGAACUGGACGUGGGCCAAAAGUUGGUGAUGGGAGAUCUCAAAGUUCCUCCAGCCCUACAGCUCAUUCAGUCAAAAGAGCAGCCUGUUGUUAAGAUCGCGGGAGCCAGGGUUUCUGACCAAAAGAAAUCUAAAUGAGCAGCAUUAAAGGAGGAGAAAACCUGUUGUAACUUUGGAGCAUUCACAAGCAAAAGUAGUUCCCUGAUCCUUACAACAUAGCCCUGUUCUAGUAAAACUAGUAUAGGGCAGGUGCAUUUGGCCCUGUUCACAAUCAAUUUUUGAUCUUUUUUCUUUUUCUCUUUUUGGGUUUAAUCUUUGGAUUCCAUUUUUCAUUUUUGAUGAUAGAAUAGGGUUUUGGUGAAGGUCCUUUUAUGAAGUCCUUUCGGAAAAAGUAAAGGAAGCCCUUUUAAUUCCUCAUUUAUCUACGAGAUUGGGGUUAGUUAAGGGGCUUAGGUUUUGUAGCAUUUUUAAGUUAUGUUUUUUCUAUCUUACAAUAAGCUCCGUUAUUGGGCUGUAGUUACCAUAAACAGAUCUUUGAUGGCAAUUGGCAAAUGGAAUUCAGUUGAAUGUUUAAUAUUCCUAAA